GCACGUACUACCUCACUUUCUUAUUUCUAUUAAAACGUGAAGAACAGCAGCGAGAAGCAUUUUCGCAAUGAAUUCAGGAAAAUUUGUUUUGCUUUUUUUCCUAUUACCUUUUGUAACAGUUGAGGCAGGAUUCUUUGACUUUUUAGAAAGGUUUUAUUGUAGAUGUGAUUUUGAUGGGUUUUACGACAUAAACAGGAUUCUUUCAGAUAAAGAUGAUUUACAACAUUUCGAUUCUGAAGAACUUAAAAAGGAUUUAAGGAAGUCUCUAUAUGGCCAACACAUCGCAAUGAAAACUAUACAGAAGGCUGUGUCCUGCUUUAUGAAAGAUUCAAAUCCAACCAAACCACUGGUGCUCUCUUUCCAUGGGCCACCAGGAGUGGGAAAGAGUUAUGUCACCAAGAUCAUUGCAAGGAAUAUUUAUAAAAAGGGGGAGAAGAGCAAACAUGUCCACACAUUCAUGACUGAUUACUACUUCCCACACAAGGAUAGGGCAAGAAUUUAUCAAACCCAACUUAGGGAGUGGAUUCAUGGAAAUGUGUCAUGUUUUCCCCACUCCAUGUUCAUAUUUGAUGAAAUUAAUAAAAUCAGUUCAGAGCUGAUCGACACCAUAAAGCCCUUUCUGGACUACAAUCCUCAAGUAGAUGGAGUGUCGUUCAACAAGGCAAUCUUCAUUUUUAUCAGUAAUUCAGAGAUGAAUGCAAUCACCAACUUGACUCUGGAUUUCUGGAGAGAAGGGAGAGAUAGAGAAGAGAUACAGAUUACCAGCAGGGGACUGGAGACUCAAAUCACUCAAAACAUCUACAAUGACGAGAAAGGUGGAUUUUGGCACUCUAGUCUCAUAGAUCAGCAUCUGAUUGAUCAUUUUAUUCCUUUCCUACCUCUGGAACUGAAGCAUGUGCGUCAGUGCGUCCUGUCUGAAAUGGCCCACCUGAACAUGACCGAAGACUUUGAUCUGGCUGACAAAGUGGCCAGAGACAUGCCUUUCUUUCCUCCAGAGGAGAAAAUCUUUGCUGUUAAAGGCUGCAAGUCAGUCAGACAGAAGCUGGCGCUUUAUGCUGAUGAUUAGAUGAAAAAGACUUGAGCUGCACUUUUUGUCCACAUUGUACUGUUUCUGAUUAGACUGUUGUUUUAUGCACUUAGCUGACCGACAAUGAAGUAUGAUUUGACAUUUGACCUUGUUUUUACUUAUUACAGUUUUUCUCAAUCGUUUUGGCUCAUUUCUCGAAUGGUAAUAAUUGUUUUUCAAAAUAAUAAGUUCAAAUCUCUGAAGAAUUAGUUUCUUGUUUACACCAGAUUUGACUUUCUUAUUCAUUUAAGCAAAUUCCACGUGUUUUGGCACAUGUGUGCAAAAGUACAAUUGUCUACAGUUUGCACAAAAACUAAAUGCACAUGUCUUGCUGAUCAAAACUGAUUGAUUCUCAGUGAAAUUGUCAUACUCUUCACAACUUCUAAACAUUCUUUCAUCGUACAGUGGGCCAUCACAUGCAAAAUGAUCCAUUCAGUUAUUAAAAUCUGUCAGACAUACAUGUAUAUUCCAUAAAUAUCUAUGACAUGGAAUGUUUGUGAUGUCUGCUAAAUCUCUGGCCAGACCAACAAGAGUGACAGGAUGUCCACCAAGAAGAUGGGAACUUGUAGUCUUACGUAAUGUGAGGAGGUACAAUUUAUUAAUAUUAUAUUUAUUAUAACUACCGCAGGUUUUUCAUUGCUGAUAUUUUUUUUUUGUUUGUUUUUUUUUUUUUGCAUGGAAGUCAUUUUGUGGCAAUUUUCUGUUCACUAUAUAUGAAUUUACAUGUAAGAAAUGAGUAAAAAUGGACAUGCAAAUGUAAUUUUUCUGUUUACAUGUAACAUUGCAACAAAAAUACAUUUACUGUAUACUUACAAAUGUGCAUGUCCUUUUUCUGUGUACUACAGUAUUGUACAGUAUUGACUUCUCCCAGUAAACUUUUUCCUACUGUUGAAAAUGGUAUCUAAAAAGCUCAGUGUGAUACACAAUAGCAUUCAGCUAGACAAAACUGACAUUCUUGUAUAGUACAGUAAGCAGUCAUUGUCAACAAAAAAGUAGAACAAAGAUAAAAUUUGUAUAUAACAAACAUUUCCAGGGUUGACUGCCAUGGUGAAAACAUAUUGAAACAUUUUGACCAGUACGGAUCACACAAUGACAAAAAAAACUUUUCAUACGGGUGGCAUUGGCCAAUUUACUGACACAGUAACUUGGUUUUGAAGCAUGAAUUAAAUGUUUUGGGUGAGUUACUACAUUUUGCAGACAUGCAACAGAGUUGUGAUGUCCCAUAAAACCGUUGUGACAAUUGCAUUUACAGUUUAGAGAAUGUUAAGACUGUUUAAAAAAUGAGUCAAAGUAAUUGAGAAAAACUGUAAAGGGUUAGUUCACCCAAAAAAUAAAAUUCUCUCAUCAUUUACUCACCCUCACACCAUCCCAGAUGUGUUUGAGUUACUUUCUAUAGCAGAUCACAAACAAAGAUUUUUAGAAGAAUAUUUCAGCUCUGUAGGUCCAUAAAAUGCAAGUGAAUGAUGAUCAGACCUUUGUAGCUCCAAAAAUCACAUAAAGUAAACAUAAAAGUAAUCCAUUAGACUCCAGUGUUUAAAUCCAUCAAAUCCAUGAAAU